AUGAAAAUGAAAAAUCUCUUAGUAAAACGUCUAUCUUUAAUAUGUUAUCGUUCAUUUCAAACAACGUGUCCUACAUUCACUGUGCCUCCUACUAUAACAUCACCAUCGUUAAACUCAAUCACCGAUGAUGUGGAUAUUGCUAUUGCCGGUGGAGGAUUGGUCGGAAGCGCCAUGGCACUCGCCCUAGCAUCAUCACCAGCAUUUCAAAAUCGAAAAAUUCUUCUACUUGAAUCACAAUCAAAGUUACCACAAAUUGUCUCAAAAACUCAACCUUAUAGUAAUCGUGUUUAUGCGUUAAGUCCUGGAACAAUUGAUUUAUUUCAAAAACUUGGUGCUUUUGAAUUAAUGAAAUCAAUUCGAGUUCAAAAAGUAGCACAAUCUCUGAUAUCAUUUGAUCAAUCAUUAAAUAAUGAUCCAUUGGCAUAUAUAGUUGAAAAUGAUGUCAUUCAAUAUGCAAUAUUAGAACGUUUGAAAGCAUUAAAUAUUCAACCAUUAUUAAAUUCUAAAAUAAAACAAUUUGAGUAUGAUAAAGUCAAUCAGAAUUCGGUACUUUUACAUUUUGAAAAUCGAUCGUCUAUUCGAACAAAAUUACUGAUUGCAUCUGAUGGAUAUCAAUCAACAAUAAGAGAAUUAGCUAAAAUAUCGACAAUGAAAUGGGACUAUGAUCAGUUUGGUAUUGUGGCUACAGUACAACUUGCAGAUGAUACUUCUGAUGUAUAUAAACGGCCUGGAGUUAUCUCACUCACGGAACGUCUUCGCUCUUAUUGGCACCAAGCAUUGCCAGAAACAAAUUAUACGACAAUAAGACAACUUCCACCUGUACUCAUAAACAUUGAACCAAACAGUCGUGCUGCAUUUCCCUUAUCUCUACUCAAUGCAAAUCAAUAUGUUCGCCCACGUUUAGCACUUAUCGGUGACUCUGCACAUCGUAUACAUCCAAUGGCUGGUCAAGGAGUUAAUAUGGGUUUUACUGACGUGCAAUGUUUAACCGAGAUAUUAGAAUCAGCUGUCCGUGAUGGUGCUGAUUACGGAUCUCUCAUGUAUUUAAUUAAUUAUGAACGAAAACGUCAGUCAAAUGUUAUGGCAAAAUUAAUAUCGAUUGAUAGUUUAAAUCGUUUAUAUUCAACGAAUUUUAUCCCGCUUGUAGCUCUGAGAAGUGUGGGCUUAUCCUUUGUUAAUGAAUUUCCAAGUUUUAAAAAUUUCUUCGCCAAACGAGCUGCAUACGAUGCUUGA